CUUCCCUGGCGCUAACGGGGAGAUCAUCCUUCCUCCAUUCCGGUUUGUGCAUCUCCCUGAGCUCUUCCCCUCAAAGAUCCUCUCCCUCGCUUCCUCACUGGUGAUCAUGCGCGCCGCCAUUGUGCUCGUCGCCCUUGCCCUCGUGUGCAUCUCUCGUGUGAACACGGUUCCACUCAGCACCACCAGCAGAGAAGGCCGACAGUGGGAAGAGACAGGGUGUGAGUAUCCCAGCGGCUCGGGAAACAACGAGCCACUCAUCUGGGUUGAGAACAUUGCCGCGCCUGGCGGCGUCGCGGACAACUGGGGUAAGCAGAAGAGUACAGGCGUCUCCGGGCACGUGGGCAUCAUUUGGUAUGUGUGGGCCUGCAGGAUACAUUGGAUGCGGGAACAAUGGCAACAUCUACAGAAUCUUCUCCAAUCACGUCCACCGCGGCACAGAGCACAGCCUGUCUGACGAGAAGUAUAAGAGGAGUCUGAAGGUGGCCACGACACACAUGAGACACUCCUUAUCUAUCUAUCUAUCUACCUAUCUGUCCUCCCUCCCUGCAGGACCUUUCUGGUGAGUUCAAGAAGGAUGCAUACGCCAAGGUGAGUGAACAUAAUGGCUGCUGCACAUCGUGAUGCAGCCAUCCACGUGCAUAUAUGGUGCUCUGCCUCAGUUUGCGGAGCUGCAUCUCAAGGAAUUCCAGUGGGACCCAGAGAAGACAAGGAUGAAUAGCGAAGAGGAGAAAGAACAAAAGCACAUCGGUAAGUUGACAUAUGGGUACAACAAGAGCAGAGCAGACCUGUCCCUCCUGUGUGUGCCGUGCGCGCAGGUGUCUCUGCCCAAGAUCUGAAGCAAGCGUUUCCAGGUAAGAGAUCAAACGGACACGUACGUUUCUGGCCGACAUGUGAUGGCUUUCCGUCUGUGACUAUUUCAGAUGCCGUCAACGUGUAUAUGGAGGCCGCGGGCGAGGGAUCCACAGCCACCGACGUCCACUACGUCGACACGGAUUACAUGAGCUAUCUCCAGAUGGCGGUCAUCCAGCAGCUGCAGGCGGAGGUCGCGGCCCUCAAAGCCCAAGUGACCAAGAUGGGGGAACGCUCCCUCCGCUAAUCGACAUAUGCAUGCUUAUCUGGUUGAGUGCUGCGCUGUUGGGCGUGAUCGGUUGGCUGUAUUGUGCAUGAUUCAUGAAUGUGUGCACCCGAAUCGACUUCCUGGCUAGCUACAUCGUUGUAGCGUUAUUUGUCUUGUUGUUCACGAGAGGAAGGUCACACCCAUGGGUGUGAACCCGUGGCUGCGUUCCCUUGCUGACCCAUCCACUAGCCUUAGUACUCCUCAGUUAUUUGUGAGUGACCGUCCACAUUAUCAUCAUCGUAUGACUCACUCGGUCGUGUAUUUGUCACUCCUAGUGCAUGAUGUGUCUCUGUGCUCUCGGCGACCAAACCAGGGAGUCGUACGAUAGCUCAAGAGAGCCAAACCUGCCUAAACAGACAGACAGAUGAGUGCGUGAGCGUUGUUCUGUGUGUGUAUGUGUAUGUGUGUGUGUGUGUGUGUGUGUGUGCUGUCGAGUAGUCAGAGAUUCUCCAAAGCGGAGAGCUGGCAGGUCGGCAGGGACAAAUUCGUGAUUGGAAUUCAUUGUGCGUGAGUGCGUGUGACGUGGUGAUGCACAUUGUAUGGCGCGACACACGACGGGACACACGAGACAUGCAUCGGGAUGAGAGCACUGAAUCUUCGAAGUCAAC